AUGAAAAGGAACUCCUCCUCUCUCGUGGAGUAUGGGAGUUCGGACGAGGAAGGAUCCCAAACGACCUUUGUUCAACCUUCUUCGUCCGCACAGCCGCUUGCGAAGAAGCCUAGGAAGCUUCCCGCUCUUGGCACUCAUCUCCAGCCUCGAGUCCCUGUCGACAAUCCUGCCCUUCAUCAAGGCAGACGACGCACGACGCCGCAUGUCGAGGGUCAAUUUGCUGCCUACGUCUACGUCCCAAUCGUCAUCCCUAGAGUGUCGAAACUACUCGCACUGCUGAUGCGAAUAUACUCGGCUGCGAAAAGACUAGUGCCGUCAUUGCAGCCCAUUGGUUUCUCGGAUGGCGACGCCCUCAAGGAGCCCGGUGAAUCAUCAAACCUAGAAGCCGACUCAAUUGAGCUGCAUAUCUCGUUGACUCGGCCUACCUAUCUACGAGCUCACCAACGUGAAGAGUUCAAGCGUGCUGUAAGAUCAGCAAUCAAAGCGAAGGCAAAAUUCUCUGCGUCCUUCGUGACAUUCUCGGAAUUGACGAACGAUGAGCGCACACGGACCUUCCUGACUCUGGAGAUCGGCGCUGGGCAUGACCACUUGAAGACACUCGUCGAAAAUUUGACUCCUGCGCUGCGUGCAAUCCGACAAAAAGAGUUCUACGAGGAUCCCCGUUUCCAUGCGUCCAUUGCCUGGGCUCUCCUCGAUGGAGCCAAAACACCGAUCGGCGACACGACGGGCGAAGUACACCUGCCUUCCACACAAGUGGUAUCAAAUCGCCACCCGGGCGAACACGGAGUAACCUCAACCUCUAACACGACCGAUUUUCCGACCAUCUUCCAAUUCCCUCCGUCGCUGAUACCGCAAUUGCGGGCGGAGUUCUGCCAUGAGCUAGUCCAGCGUGGAGUAGGAGACUUCGAGGCGCAAGAGGUGCAUCUUCGAAUAGGCAAAGAGGUCAGCAAGUGGAGGUUGUAUGAGUAG